AUGCAAAGAAGAAAGAAAAGGAGCGAAAGAAAGACGAGAAGCAAAAAGGCAGAGCGUCAGACGGCAGCCACUGGUCGUGGGGAGGGGGUGGGGAAAACCGGACAACACCGAGAGGUGAGCGCACAAAGUGCGCCGACCUCCGCUGCCGACUAUGAUGAUGGUAAUGAUGCCCCAGCGCCGUAUUCGGAUGACUUUGAGGACGAUGACAUUGCCCCUGCGGCAGCUUCUUCGUCUGUUGAUAUAACGGGGAAGCUGCAGCGAGCCCAGGAGGAGGAAGAAGAGAAACGGCUAGAACGCAUUGCGGAGGAAAAGAUGCAAGCGGUGCGUGAGCUUCACGAGAAGCAAGUGCUGCAGUGGCAGCAAGAACAGGAUAUGGCGGCGAGGGCUAUGCAGCAGCAGCAGGAAGAACUCCGUGCCCAGAUAGAGGAGUUAAAGCAGCUGCAGGAGAAAAAAACAAAAGAGGCGGAACAAGAGAUGAAACCGAUAGCGAUGCCAACAGCUCUGAGUGAUGGUAAGGACGACAACGUGAUGAAUACUGUCGUGUCAGAACGACAGCAGCUUACAGAGAAUCAACGCCGCCGACUCCGUGAAAGGGAACGUGCGGUGCAUCUGCGGCGACUGGAACAGGAGGAGGCGGCGAGAAGUUUGUUUCAGCGUCUUGCACAGGACGUUCGUGAGGUGUUUCACGAGUUAAACCUCUCAGUUGUGGCGUCAGAGAAGGAGCGGCUUAUUAAAGACGAGCGCUACCGCAAAGAACGUGAGGCCAAAGACCGCCGUGACGAGUUGGAGCGGCAGGAGCGAAUGCAGAAGGAAUCCAAGGAACGUGAGGAACGCGAGGCAAAGUUUUGGAACGCCUUGGAAGAUCGAGACACCCGUUUUCGUGAAUUGCUAGAGGCAAAAACUCUGAAGGACGAGGCGGAGCGUGAGGCGCGUUGGAAGCGUGACCUUGAGGAUCGCGAGGCACGUCUACAGGGUGACAAGGAGCUGCGCAGUGAGCUUGAUCGUAUGGACAGGGAACGCCGCGAUCGUGAGGACAAAAACACUCGUGAGCGGGAUUGCACGCUUAUUCAAAACGUACUGGAUGAUCUGAAGCGGAAGUACGAAAGUCAGAUUGAGGAGGCGCGUCGCCAGUUUGAGCUUGACCGUGCCCAUGCGGAGGAGAUGCACCGCAUGGAGCUUGCCGCCAUAGAAAAACGCCAUGCGGAAUCAGCAGGGCAGAGUGAUAGACUCCACAUGAAGCAUAUUCAGAUGCUAGAGUCCCAUACAGGAAAUGCUGCACGGUUGGAAAAAAUUAUUGAGCAGAUGCAUUCUGACAUCCAGGCCACGAAGACGAUGAAUGCGGCGCUCACCGAGGAACGGCUAACGGCGCUGCGACAAAAGGAGCAGUUAAUCGGUGAGCAAAAAGCCCUUGUAGAUACAGUUCUGGAGGAGCUCAAGUAUACAAAGCAGGAGAUGGAAAAGGAACGCACUCGAAUUGCCUCCUUGUACGCAAAAUUUGAUAUAUCACUCUCCAACUUUACCAAGGAGGCUUCCGAGGAACGACGCCGAUGCCAGGAAACUCAGUCGAAGUAUGAAACACUACGACAGCAAUUGGAGAAGGAUCGAAAAAUGAUGCUCUACGAGGUUUCCCAGGAAAGAAAGACCUUUGAGCAGCAGUACGAGGAAUUUAUGGCGAAAAAGCUCCAGGCUAUUUCUGAGCUUCAAGAGGAAAGAAUGGCAAUUGCUCGGGAACGCACAGAGGCUGCCAUGUUGCGGGAGCGCCACAACACGGAUGAGAUGCAGGUGCUUAAAUCUUUGCGUGCGCAGGAAGAGGCCUACGCAGCAAAGGUGGAAAACAUCGAAGACGACCGUUUAGCUGUCAAAGAGAUGCGAUGUGAACAGAAGCGCCUUUUGGACGAGGCCUUGGCCGAACGCGAGGCACUUCGAAAGGAACGUGAGGCCUUUGAAGCGGAUAAAAACGAACUGUUGCGUCGCUUUGAGGAUUUGCAACUCCGUGCGGCCGAAGUGGGUGCAACACAUGACCGACUUCGACAGGAGGUCGAAAUGCAUGGGGCCGCUAAGGCGAAGGCAUCGGUGAACACGGCGGCGCGAUGGGUCCCCACGCAGGCUGAUCCAACACUUGCAGCGGGUGCGGCCUCGCGACUUCAGAUUGAUCUCUCGCGGCAGCGUGCUAUAUUGAAGCGUAUCUCUCACUCAUAA